CUGCGUCCUCCCAAACAGUGUAGGUCAUCAUAUCCGGCAAAGGAUCUCUUCACGUCCAACGACACAUGUGUUUCCCGUCCACGUCAACGCAGUUAAAGCUUUAAGGAUGUUUCAAAGCCGUGGGUCAUUUCAAGGUUCCAGAGGUGCCUGCUUUACACAAAUACUCAUGAAGAAUAAACUUGAGACAUCAGGAUGGACUGAACCAAACAAACCUCUCGCAUCGUCAAGUCAGCCAAGCACAGAUACUUUUUACGUAAAAGGGAAGAGUUCAUAUACAAAUGGUUAUGCUUCCAAGCCAACAUGCUCACCUAAAAUGCUGAUUGAGAAUUACAAGCAAGGCAAGACAAACGCCAUCUCUUUGCUCUAUCAGCUUGCCAAUGUUUUGCAGUUCCACUUGGAGAUGAAGGAGACGGUGACUCCAGGCAACUUGACAGGGCUUUACUUUGGCUUUUGUGUGGUGAUUGAUGGGUUUGAGUACAAGACUGGUGUUGGAAAUACAAAGAAGGAGGCUCGGCUGAAAGCGGCACAGCUCGCUCUGUCGGACCUGCUGCCCACCUUGGAUUGUCUGAAGUCUGACUUCCCUGAAGCAGCAGGCAAAUAUGUCCUCCCACCUCGGCCAGUAAAAAAGGAGCCCCCCAUCGACUUUCAUCCUUUUAAAGCCACUCAUGAAACAAGUCCUGUAAACCACCAGAUUGCCAACGCUGUCAAGAAUCAGCUCUCUGAACUGAUGAACAGCCACCCAGAGUUCACUGCCUGUGCUGACACCACUGCAGCGUUCAUCAUGCAGACGUCCGGCGGAUAUGACGUGGUCGCUAUAGGCACUGGAAACUUUAAUACCAAUGGGAGUACCUCGUCGAAUGGACGAAUUCUGCAUGACUCACAUGCAGUGGUUACUGCAAGGAGAUCACUUAUGAGGUUUCUCUACCGGAACCUGCUGCUGUUCUACAGCAAGACGGACAAUCUGACGGCAAAGUCAAUCUUCCAGCAGAGCAGCAGCAGCAACCUCCUCACCAUGAAGCACGGCACCAGCCUCCACCUCUUUGUGAACCAGCUGCCAAAGGGAGCCAUUAAGGUCCAGUCCAAUCUGCAUCUGAACCCGAACUCUAUUGCAGCAUUGCAAGUCAGCAAUGACUUCGGCCUACACCUGUCAGUGGAGGGGAAGGUGUUCUCCGUUUUCUCGUCAGCUUUGGAUCACUCUGCCGCCAACACAUUUAGCAUGUCUAGCACAGACAAGCUCACGCAGUGGCAGGUGCUAGGAUACCAGGGAGCCCUGCUCAGCCACUUCAUUGAGCCCGUCUAUGCCCAAAGCAUCCUUGUUGGCGACGCUUUCUGCACUGACAUCAAAGGCAUGAUGAUCUCUGUGAGCCAGCGUGUGGAGGGGGUCACCUCCUUGCUGCCCAUGUUCUACUGCAUGAUGAGUCCCCACAUCAGCCUGGUGCCUUCUGUGGCGACGAACAGCGCUGACGGAGGACAGUUCACCUAUGGUAUCAACUGGAGCACAGGAGACAACUCCCUGGAGGUCGUGGAUGGCCUGGGGGGAAAGACCAUAGAGGAGUCUCCCUUCAAGAGUGGGUCUGCUUGUGCAAGCCGUUUGUGCAAAGCGGCAAUGUUGCACCGCUUCAAGUUGGUGGCCAAAGAGGCCAAGAGGCAGGAGCUGCUGGAAACGAGCUCCUACAGCGAGGCCAAGAAGAUGGCAAAGGCGUACCAGGAGGCCAAGAACGUGCUGAGGGAGUACCUCCUGCAGCAGGGCUUUGGGGCCUGGCCGGUCAAGGUUUCUGUGAGUGAUGACUUCAACGUGUGAAUAUAACCACAUUACCACUCGAUGACAAAAUCUGUGUUCAAGCAAUAAAAUUAGAAAAAAAAAGAACAGUUCAGUUGACAUGCAGCACUGGUUGCUGUGGGACAUUAAUUGUAAUUGUAUGUUCCUUUUUUGAUUUCUAAAGGCAUGAAAGUGCAUCAUAUCGUCUUGAGUUAAUAGAGUUGUGUUUUACCUUCAGGUUUGGUUGUGAUUUUCAAAAGAGGAAUACAAAUGCUAUACAUUUGUAGAGGCAAACUACUUGUGUUACAGCCCACUAAAGGCUUUUAUCACGGAAAUAGUUUAGCUUCCUGAUGUGCAUUUCAUUGUGUAUGGUGAUGAGUGAUUGCACUGUUUACAUGGUUUCACUGUUUAAAACAUGCUUUGUGCCAUUGUGUUAGCGGAAAUGACCAUGAUCAUUACUUUUGUAUCACAAGUUUGCUUUAGUUGUGUUUAGGGCUUAUCACUUAAGUAUGAUGAGUAACUCAUGGUUGUUGGAUAAACAAUUUAAAUUUGUCUCCACUUCAUGACAGUUUUGUUUUCAUCAGUGAGAUUAACCUAUUCUUGACUUAUCCUUUGCUGCUGAACAGCAUGUGUGCCAUGGCUAAUGUUCAAUGAUGUACAAAUAAA